AUGAUCGACACCCGAAAGCCCUCGUCCAAUACUAAACCUCACGCUCAAAAGAAGAUCUCAUCCUCUACGCCCGACAGAUCAGUUCUCGAGGACACGGCCGACUACAACUGGCAUCGGCCCACCGUCGACAACUAUGAUCGUCUGGAUCUGAAGGCCGAACUGCUCCAGAACAUUCACGCCCAUAAUUACAGCCCAUCCGAAUUGCAAGGGCGUGCACUGGAGCCUCUCAUGCACGGCCGCGAUCUCAUAGCCAGAGUCAUCCCCAACGACGACGUCUACACAGCUCUCGCUAUCGUCAUCGUCCAGAGGCUCGAUCCUGCUAUCAAAUUUGUUCAGGCACUCGUGGUCGUCCCAGACAGCCACGUCGCAAGGAAGAUCCAAGAGCUUGUCGCCGCUCUGGGAAACUUUACCAACGUGAACUGUCAGAUCCUCGUUGCAGGCGCAGAUGUCCAUGAUGACUUCGCGAAGCUCGAGAACGACGAUGCUCAAGUUAUCGUUGGCACUCCCGGCCGCGUCUAUCAGAUGAUAACCCGCAAGGCGUUGCGCACAGACAAUAUACGCAUGCUGUACCUCUGUGGUGCGGGAAGCUCCGAGGCUCGGCAGUUAAAGAGGAAUAUCUUCGAUGUUCAUCGGCGGGUAGUACAGGAAAAGCGGGCGGGAGUGGUGCAGGUCGUGUUGUGCGCGGAUAGGUUGCCUGCGGACAUGGUUGAGAAGAUAGGAAUGUUACUACGUAACCCUGUACGAGUCGUCGUGCCAGAGUAG